GUGAAACCGUAGCAGUCACCCACGGUAACGUUAGUAAACCAGACCAAUUUGUGAGAAGGCCCUACUGUAAAAUUAUCUCCGUUUUAAUUCCUAAAUUGAGUUAAAAUAAAUCAAAGAGAAAACAGCAAUGCCAAUUCCCGCCGAUCAGGAUUCUUUGUGUGGUUUCAUUGCCUGUGCUCCUAGUCGUCUAGCUGCGUUUUGGUUAGCCGGCUAAGACCGCUACGAAUACAUUUUAAAAUUGAACAUAGGACCCUAAAUGAAUUAUGAAGAAAAUGGGACUUACUUUAUGGACCGUUCUAGCACCAAAGCGAAAUCCACAUGGUUUUCAGCCCAAGAUGUGUGCAUCUUAGCUGACUUGGUUAGAAGUCACUCGGACGCGUUUAGAAGUCUAACAAAUUCACCAUCCAGAAACGAGAAGAAAAAAGUCUGGGAAAUAAUAGCCCAGCUUCUUGCGAAGAAGACGAAUGUGCCAAGAACAACUCGUCAGGUGCAAAAAAAAUGGUCUAAUCUCCGGUCUGCUGUUCGAAGGGCAUCUCGAUCAUCUGUAGGGACUUCUCUUCUUCCUCAUUACUUCCUUCCUGUGGUGAAAUACUUGGAAGAAGAGGAAAAUGACGUCUGUAUUUCUCAAGAAAUACCCGAAGAAGAAGUGGACGAUUUACCACAAACCAUUGAAUUCCCACAAAAUAGCCGUCAAACGUAUGCCAUGAAAAUAAAGCACAUUCAAGAACAGCAGGAAGCAGAUGUUGAAAGAUUUACUGUCUUGAAACAAAUCAAACUUGAAAGUGGUGAUGCUUCUGAAGGUCGUGAAGACAGUGACGUUCAAGAAAUCGCUGCAGUUCCAGAAACUGAAAUUCAAGAGGAAUUGCAAUUCUCACACGUGACACUACCAAAUCCGGAAACGGUUCAUUCUGAUGCGGAUCCAAAUGGUACUGCUACUGUGUGGAUAAGUGAGGGUGAGAACGUAGAAAAUGGAGCUGAACAAUCUGAAUCGGAGGAUAUAUUUUUGGAAGAGACACAAGAUCCUGUUAGAAGGAAUCUCCCUGGAAACCGAAAAAGGUUACGACCAUGGCCAGAGUAUUGGGAAGAGAAGACUGACGGGGAUGAAGCCAGGCAGAUGAAAUUGGAAUUACUGAAGGCACAGUUAUUGUUGACCUCUUGUAUUGAACACGAGCUAAGUGUGACCAAUAGUAGUUCAAUAAUAGACUAA